AUGGACGAAAACCAGGGCGCUUCGGAUAUCGUGCCCAGGGCCAGGACACGGCCCAGCUUGUCCAGCAGCCUGGGAAAGCUGCGGCGCACAUUUCUGACGCGCAAUGGACUGCUCGGCCAAUAUGACUACGGCUUCUUGUUUCGGCCGAGCUUGCCGUUCAUGAGACGGGCAAACCAGUCGGCUCCUUUCUUUGGGCUGGACCAAUCGAUGCCCGUGGUACUGGCAUUGCUACUGGGAUUGCAGCAUGCCUUGGCCAUGUUGGCUGGAGUCAUCUCCCCGCCGAUUAUCCUGGCUGGUGCUGGCGGUGCCAAUCUCUCUGCCGAAGAACAGCAGUAUCUUGUUUCGACCGCACUCAUUGUAUCUGGGCUUCUGUCCGUGAUCCAGAUCAAGAGGGUGUCCAUCUACAAGACGCCAUACUUUAUCGGAACUGGCGUGAUCUCGGUUGUGGGCAUAUCGUUCUCCGUCAUCACCAUUGCCACCGGAGCUUUCUCGCAGAUGUACGAACGUGGUUUCUGUCCCAUGGAUGCCGAUGGCACCAAGCUGCCAUGCCCCAGAGGCUACGGCGCUCUGCUGGGCACCGCAGCCAUCUGCGCCUUGCUUGAAAUCUUGCUCUCCUUCUUGCCACCGCGGGUUCUGCUGCGGAUAUUUCCACCCUUGGUAACAGGCCCAACAGUUAUGUUAAUCGGUGUAUCCUUGGUUGAAAGCGGCUUCAAAGACUGGGCUGGUGGCAGCGGAAGCUGCUCCAACACCAACCCGUCUGAUUUUUACGCAUUGUGUCCCGAUAUCUCGGCACCCCAUGCCCUGCCUUGGGGAUCAGCUGAGUUCUUAGGCCUUGGUUUCUCUGUUUUCGUCGCUAUUAUUCUGUGCGAACGUUUUGGUGCUCCGAUUAUGAAGUCCUGCAGCGUUGUUAUCGGACUCCUUGUUGGAUGCAUCAUUGCAGCAGCAACUGGAUACUUCGACCGCUCGGGGAUUGAUGCUGCUCCAGUGGCUUCUUUCAUCUGGGUCAAGACCUUCCCCCUUACUCUCUACGGGCCCCUUGUUUUGCCACUCUUAGCUCUGUAUAUCAUCUGCGCCUGUGAGGCAAUCGGCGAUAUUACCGCGACUUGUGACGUGUCUAGACUUGAAGUCGAGGGUGAAAUAUACGAGUCCCGGAUCCAAGGAGGUAUCUUGGCGGAUGGGAUCAACGGAAUCCUCGCGGCCUUGUGUACGCUGACCCCAAUGUCUACUUUUGCUCAAAACAACGGUGUCAUUGCCCUAACUAGGUGCGCCAAUCGCACCGCGGGCUAUUGUUGUUGCAUGUUCCUGGUGAUUAUGGGAGUUUUUGCCAAGUUCGCAGCCGCUUUAGUUGCCAUUCCCAAGCCAGUGAUUGGGGGAAUGACGACGUUCCUUUUCUGCUCAGUCGCUGUGUCCGGUAUAUCGAUCAUCACGCGCGGUGUGCCCUUCAACCGCCGCAACCGCUUCAUCUUGACAGCUGGACUGGCUCUCGGAUACGGUGCAACAUUGGUGCCGAAUUACUUCUCAUCUGUCUUCACCUACAGUGGCGAUAACCAGAGCUUGCAAGGAUUUUUGGACGCUAUUGUUUUGGUAAUGGAAACUGGCUUUACCGUGACUGCUAUUGUAACCAUGAUCUUGAACUCUUUGUUGCCACAAGAGGUUGAGGAUCAAAAAGCAGUAGUCACGGCGGACAAUGAGUCGGUGAACCCCAGCCCCAGUGCUGCAGGCGAACACGGCAAAGUAGCUUGA